AUGUAUGGAACCAUUUGCACGCUAGACUACGUGGACAGCGACUUUGCUGACAUGCUUCCUUGUUUAGUCAUGACCAAUCGAGGCACUGCGUAUAUUCUUUACAACGACGCUGCUGAUGCUGAAUCUGCCGUCUCCAAUAUGCAUGAAGCUCAAAUCGACGGUGCCACGACAGAUCGGUCUCACCCCGAAGACACCCACCUAGCUAUGAACAUCCAUCUCGGGCAUCACCGCCGCCAAGAAGACGAUCUCCAAGACGCCACCACGUCAAUGGUGGAGCUUCAGACAGACAUGACCUUUACCGCCCAAGAUCGCUGUCGCGUUCUGCAUCACCACGACGCUCCAGAGCCCGUUCAUAUUCUGUCCGCUCUGACUCGGGUUCCCCACCAAGGAGAAGAAGCCCACCGGGAAGGCGUUCGAGGCAUCGUAGACGUCGAAGUCCAAGCUACAGUAGCUACAGCUCAAGGGCCAGUAACUACUCUGACAGAAGCCGCAGCCCAAGCCGGACCAGACCUCAGAGGUCUAACAACAGAUGGAAAUGAGCCCGACUUAUCAGCGUCCUAUUAUUUGAAUCUCCUCGUGGAAGAAAUUCGAAAUGCAACUACACGUUGAAAAAAGAAAAAUGGACACCAGCCUAUGUACAUGGCAGCCAGGUUC